AUGAUAAUAAAUUUGCAAUGCGAAAACAAAUGUGACAAUAUUUGUUCUAAAUCCAGGUCGCGCUCUGUCUUGCUCUAGAUCUAGAAAUCAUCCAAUGAAAAACUGUAUUAUUGGAGGCGUGUCGUGGCAUUCGAUACUAGAGCCUCAACACUAAACACCCAUUCAGUGUAACAUCCCAACAUGACUACCAAAACUAGUUGUCCUGUUGGUGAUAACAAGAUUGAUGGAUCAUCAACCAGCAUUUUUAGAGAAUGGAAACGCCCAGAUCUGCCUAGCAAAUGUACAUUUACUCUUGAUACCCCUUUGGAGCAGUCUCCUCAUAGACACAUUGGACUGCAACAACGACCAAAGAUUUUACCAAACAUUUUGUAUAACAUUGGCAACACACCAUUAGUCCGACUGAACAACAUUCCAGCCAAAGAAGGCAUCGAGUGUGAAGUGUUGGUGAAGUGUGAAUUUUUCAAUGCUGGAGGGUCAGUCAAAGACAGGAUUGGUAUGCGUAUGGUGGAGGAUGCAGAGAAGAGUGGACAGAUCAAACCAGGAGAUGUUCUCAUUGAACCAACCUCUGGGAAUACAGGUAUUGGUCUGGCCUUAGCAGCUGCUGUGAAAGGCUACAGAUGCAUCAUUGUUAUGCCAGAGAAGAUGAGCAUGGAAAAGGUGGAUGUUCUCAGGGCGCUGGGUGCUGAGAUAGUUCGUACACCCACCAGUGCAUCCUUUGAUUCACCUGAGUCUCACAUUGGGGUGGCCAAGAGACUAAUGGAAGAGAUACCAAACUCUCACAUACUUGACCAGUAUAGGAAUGCUAGCAAUCCCAUAGCACACUUUGAUUCCACAGCUGAAGAAAUAUUGGAUGGUUGUGAUGGCAAACUUGACAUGGUGGUACUUACUGCUGGUACUGGUGGUACAUUAACUGGUGUCUCUAGGAAGAUCAAGUCCAAGUGCCCAGACUGCAAGGUAGUUGGUAUUGAUCCAGUUGGCUCAAUCUUGGCUCAGCCUGAAACUCUGAAUAGAAGUGACAUCUCCUUCUACGAGGUGGAAGGCAUUGGCUAUGACUUUAUACCAACUGUAUUGUCCAGGGAGCUUGUCGACAAAUGGUACAAGAGUGUUGACAAAGAAUCUUUCAUUAUGUCCCGUAGGUUGAUGCGUGAGGAAGGACUUCUGUGUGGUGGAAGCAGUGGCUCAGCUAUGUACUGUGCUCUUAAGGCCAUCAAAGACUAUGGUUUGAAGAAAGGUCAGCGCUGUGUGGUCAUUCUCCCAGACUCAAUUAGAAACUACAUGUCCAAAUUUCUCAGUGAUGAUUGGAUGAGCCAGCGUGACUUUCUGGACCUGGAGCCAACAGAACCAUCCAAAGACUGGUGGUGGAACUUGAAGGUCAGUGCCUUAAACCUGCUGGCCCCACUGACCAUCAUGCCCACUGUCACAAUUCAAGAAACACUGGACUUGCUAAACAAGGAAGGCUUUGACCAAGUGCCAGUAGUGGAUGACUCAGGUGCUGUUCUAGGCAUGGUGACUGUCAGUAAUAUGAUGGCACAGGUUGUGAAGCACAGAGCCAAACGAACUGACCCAGUGUCAAAGGUCAUGUACAAGCAGUUCAAGCAGAUCCAUAUGGACACUUCUUUAGGACAACUAUCUCGGAUGUUGGACACGGAUCAUUUUGUUCUAGUUGUACAUAACCAAAGACAGUCUUCAACCAUUGGUUUUUCUGUAGAUGGAAGUGGUGGUAAAGUGGAAAAGAAGCAGAUGAUAUUUGGGAUUGCAACCAGGAUCGACCUUUUGAACUUUAUCACUUCUAAAGAUGGACAUGAGCAGUAACCUUGACGUUGGGGAAGACGACGGAUACAAAGUAUUCUCUUUAGACCAGACUUUUUGAUUUCUUUUUAUAUUUUGCUUGACAGAACUCUAUUUUUGUUGAUAGAAUCUCUUAAGAAGAAUAUUCUAAAUUAUCUUAUUAUAAUAUAAGCUGGUGGCAGAAUAUUUAGGUCCUGGCUGGGUCUAUGUUGCAAUGUUCAAAUCUGCAAACUUCCAGGGCCUUAUUUCUACAAAGAAGGUUUUAGUAUCUGUACAAAAUAUUUAUUUAAAAAAAAAAUAUCUCAUUUUGUUGUAAAGUUUUUUUGUUAGCUUUCCCGGUGAAAAUGUGUUCACAUCUUAUGAAAGUUUUCAUUUGAUGUCUCCAAACAUAUUGCAUAAAGAAUAACAGAAUCGCACCAAAUAUAUUACUCUAGCAACUGAAAUAGUUAAGGGACCAAUGUUUAGAUCAAGGCCAGUGAUUUCAAAUUAAUGAAAUGUGUCGUUUAUAUUUGUGUUUGUCUUAGCAGAACUUACUAGAUCUAAUAAUCUUUUUUUUGUUUUACAAGAAUGGGAAAUGUUCUAAUAAUUAUUGAACAUAACAUGUAGUAUUGUGUGCGUGUUCAGCUAUACAGUUAAGUGCUGAAAUUACUGGCAAACAAGUUUUCUGAACGUUCAGAAAAUUUUUUAUAUUUCUUGUUGCCUCUCGUUAUCCUAUUAAGAACAACUGCUGACACGGAAAAAUAGAGGUAACACCAACUGUCGCAGCACCCCUACAACAAAAGUCAAGGGACAGAUGAGAUGAGUUGGCAUUCAUCUGUGUUGCUAGUAUUUAACUCUUUGAGUCAUUUCUCAAAGAUUUCACUUACUAUUGCACAAAUCUUUUUUUUUUCCAUGAUUGUUGCCAGUACAUAAGCUUUAACACUCAUUUAUUGAAACAGUGUAAUAAUUGAAUAUCACCUUAGCCUUGUAUCAUAGCUGUGAAACAAGAAGAAGAACUGUUUGUUAUUUUUUUUAACAUUGAAAAGAUGGUUAUUUAUAAAUAAUUGUAAGCACAAAUCCAUUCUUCGUACAAAACAUUUGUUUAAUUCUGGGUAUAUUUUACUAGUUCUGGGUUUGUUUGACUAGUUUUUGUGUCUGUUUUAUUUAUUUACAAAUACAUUAAAAUUUUGCAUUGUUUCAGUUGAACAAAAAAAAAGUUCCUAUAAAAGUUUUACAAAAAUAUUUUUUAUUCAUUUUAUUGAAGCGCAAAAUCUUAAAUAGUAAUUUUUAAAGUGUUAACAAAAUUUGUAUUUAUUAAUUACUCCACGUAGAAGUUUGUUUUGUUAACUAACAGAUUCAGUAAUUGAUAUAAAUAUUUGUAGUGUAGAGCAGAGGUUAUUGCUGUAUUAUUUUCGUUUGCGAUUGUCUUGUGAAACUCUCUAGGUACGUGUAAGCAAUUGACAAAGUUCUGGUGAUCACACAACAAUUUUAGUCUUCUUAUGCAGCAUAAGAAUAUUAAACUUGCCACAAAUUGAUGGGUAUUUAUUUAUUGUUAUCAUGAUUAAUACCAGUACAUUCUAUUGAGCGUUCUAUGUGCACAUUGUUUUGUUUUUCCACUGCUUUUGAUGAGGCCUAUUAUCUGCUUCACAAUGUUUUUGUUUUGACACGUAACUCUAUUGAACUAAAAAUUGUAAUAAAUACAUAUAUCUAUAUUUUAUACAUUUCUCUACAAUUGUAUUACUUACUUUACUUAUGGGGAUAAUAUUUUUUGUUGAUCUGUUUGAAGAAGGAACUUGUACAAUUGUUAAAGAAAUGUCUCUUUAUAUACAUUAUCAUAGCUGGGAUGAAAAUGGUGACUUUAGUCUUGAGGAGGUUUUCUGUUAACUUUCAAAAUCAAAAAGUUAAUUUUGAUGCAACCUUUCAUUGAAAGUAUGUUUAAUAGUUUAGUAUUUACUGUCUUUAGCCAUAUAGUUUUUGUUUACAAAGAUGAUAGCAUCAUCUUUAGCUGAAAAUCUGUCCUCCAAGCAUAACUUUAGUUUAGAAAAUGUGCCAAAUCGGCCAACAGAGAGGCAGGAGAGGUUGGAGCAUGGCUGAAGAUUGAUCUAAAAGUAGAUUAUGGACUGAAUUAAUCCUGUGCACUCGCAGGAGAGCAUAGGGCCGCAACCACACCUCUCCACCGAACUCAGUUCUGAGCAGCUUUCUUCAUCUGCUCCCAUGUCAUUCCAGUACCCUCAGCUUCACUGAUGACUGACCUCUUCCAGGUUUGUUUGGGCCUGCCCUCUUUCCUUGCGGGUGUUUCCAAUCAAGUGCCUGCCUUGCAACAUUGGUAGCUUGUUUUGGCAGGCUGUGUCCUAUCUAGAUCCAGAUUAUGCAGUGAAGUACAAAUAAACUGGAAUAAAUUUUAGAAACUUUCCAUACCCCCCCCCUCCCAAUAGACACACAUUAAAAUAUCGAAUCAGAUAUGUGUAUAUAAUAUAAUAAUGAAGUGAGAUAGAAUUUUACCUGUGUGAGAAAGUUAUUUGUGAAAAAAAAAAAUGUAACAGAGAACAACUGAUAAAUGUGCCUUAUUGAUCAGCAUAUUAAAGUUAUAGCUAACACUUCAUUUCAUAUCAAAGAUGACCCACAAAAAUAAUGUAUGUUUGAACAUCAUUUAUAACCAGACCUGGUUCAUUUCUCACAGUAUUUGAUAUCAACCUGGCCCCAUUCCUUACUGAGUCUUAAGUUAUCUUAGAAAGAGAACAAAUUUAAAUUGUUGAUGUGUGCUCCACUCAUUCAAACUUACAAACACAUCAAAGAUGACAUGUAAAACAUGACCUCACAUCAUCUAGCAAUCUUCUCCUUACAUAUCUGAUAUGUUACUAUUGAGUUGAUCUAACUUGUAUCCACUUAUUUAUACUAAGAACUUAUUCAUGUCUUCCUUAUAGGGCCUGAUGUACAAUAGUAUUUGUGUGUGUGUGCACAUUUAUAGAAACAGUGAAUACCAUCUGUUUACAAAUGUCUGGUUAUGUAGGUUGAAGUGAGACUGAUACUUCUGCUGUGGUCUCUUUAAGUUUGUUGUUCAGAUUUAUCUUCAAUGUAGUUCAUUAUCCCCCCUUUGACAUUUUUCUCAUUAAGACAUGGUUUUAUGCUUAUUGAUGGUUUUGUUUUGACAUUCGAAAUGCUAAAAACAAUAUUACAUUCUUAGAUGUGUAUUGAACAGUAAUGAAAUGAAAUAAAGGGUUUGGUUGUAGAAGUG